UAUAAUCCGCCUUACUCUUUACCUGCCCUACCCCAAGUGUUCCUACCCCCUCUAAUUUAAGAGGCCGACAAGACUCUCAAGCCUACUCUUAUCUCACUGCUGCUUCCUUUUUUUGAUGAACAAGCAUGGAACGCUUCCAAUUCUGUGAAAAAUGUAUUGAAAAGCUAGAAACGGCGGCCGGAUAUGUUAUUCCAUGUCAAGAAUGUGUGGACACCAGAACACGAUAUCGAGAUCAUAUUCAAAAGGACAGAGCAUACCGUUCGCAUUUGGCAAGACAAUCGGCAGGCUACCCAUGCGAUAUUUCUAGUCACUGUCCCCACCAUAAGCCUGGAGACCAGUUCUUUCAGCCGCCGACCGUUACCCGAAAAUACUCACCGAAUGAGCUUGACUCGUAUCGUGGGCUUGUCCAGAAAGCUUUCCACCAAUUCCGGAAAUAUGGCCCCUCUAUCACAGCACUAGAGCUUUUGACAAGCCACAAUAGCUCCAUGGUCAUAUAUUGCACGACGUGUCAUACCAACGCAGUCAAUGAGUUUGAGAACAAUUCUCACAUUGAUCUGUGCGAUGGGUGUGUAAAGAGAAGAGAAGAGUUUAUCCAGCUUCAUCACAGCCACCAAAAUACUUUCUUGGAGCCCUGGGAGAAUUUUCACAGCUUGAAUCGGGAUUACUUCGGCACUGGAAUACCUUUUGCAGUCCUACGAAGCUUUGAAUAUGAUGCCUACUUCGACGUUUUGAUUGGACAAAGUGGUGGCGGCGGGGAAUUUUCGGAUAUAUCGCCCAUGGCAAUUAUAUUUGGAGCACUAGGGACAAUAAGAACAUUUGCAGGCGUUGCGGCAACUGUUCACUAUGCUAGGAAGCAACCGAAAAUGGCAAAUUCGGUUAGUACGGAUGAGGAGAGAGGCGCAACGGCUGGUGCUGUCGAGCUCACGGAACUCAGUUCUAGAAGCGUCACUGCAGAUCAGACGCCGCCACUGGAAGACACAGAAAGCGCUUCGAUUUCCUCAUUCCAUACAGCUCUUGAAUAGGACGCUGGUGUGGAGGUGGAUGAUACGCAGGAUGUUGUUGAGUAGUCCGAUACACAGAAUUAUAGGUCGCAUUCGGCAAGGGAAUUCAUGGCAUAGGGGCGGGUACAUACGUGGUGAAUUUAUUCGUAGACGCAGCUAUUUACCAGCGGCAGCAAAACAAUUUUUGGAAGAAAUAUCCGCAGAAGUCUCAUCAUUGCGGAGAUUGUGCCUUUUUAAGGAGAAACCACGCGUAAGAAGGUGAUAUUGCACAGCUCGUCUCUUCCUGGGAUUUUAUAGAAGGUUUCCAUAGUUGAACGCGAUUUAGUCUGGGGGGAGUCUUCUAUAAGGUCUAGGGGCAGAUCUCUAGUUGCAACUCUUCGCGGACUCAAUUAUAUCGUCAUCUCAAGUUUUAUGGCCACAAUCUACUUAUUCAAUCGCCAAGAUUCUCUUCAGUUCGGG